AUGGACGAACGUAUUCGCUGUAAAACAGUCUGCGGGCGGACGGGCGAUGUACGAGAGGAAAAGGAGAAAACAAAGCCAGUGCCUGGAUUGGAUUUCGAGAAGGCCUUAGAGCUGGCAGUGGAUAUGUUACGUCGUGCUAGUGCAGAAGUCGGUAUCGAGAAGGGAGAGGUUUUUGUGAUCGAUCGUAUGACUUUUGGAAAGCCUCGGUUUCCGGCGGAAGAUAUCGAGGUUCGUAGCAUUGCGGCUUAA